AUGGAGUGCAAGGCCAAGCAGCUAGAAGGAAAGGAAAAAGAGCUGAAGAAACACGAGACUUACUACAAGGAGCAGCUGAACCGCCUGGAAGAGAGGAGCUCACAGUUCUACAAAGUCACCACCGAACAAUACGAGAAAGCUGUAGAAGAAGUCAAAUCCCGAUUCAAGCGGUACAAGGUUGAUCCCGUGUGUGUAGAUCUCCAGAACCAGAUCUUCCAGUGCUAUCAGCAGAACCCAAAGGAGACCCUCAGCUGCUCAGCUUUGGCUGCUGAGUACUUCAAGUGUGUCCAGCACGCUCGGCAG